UACAUUCAAAGAAAGAACAACUGAUUUCCAUAUCACUUCCGUUUACCAAAGUGACAAAUAAUUAAUUCCACAAACUACGAAUUGAAAGAAUAGAAUACUGUCAUUCCAAGUACGAUGUGUUUCAAUGAACUGGAGAAUCGCAGUCUGCUGCCAGACUGCAACAUUGCGAACCGCGUGUUCCUGUUUACGAUCCUUAAGUUCUUCCAGGAGCAGGAUCGUCGUCCGGAGGAUGUGGAUGUCGAGCUGCGGGAUCGCUACAAUGUAUUCCGCCAGGUGCUGCCCAAUUACCCGCUGCCUGAACACGGAAACUCCGAGCAAGAGCACUUAGCCGCACUCGCCAUGGACUCGAACUCCUUUGGCGAUUCAUCCAGCGAAUCCGGCCUGGACAAUGAUUCCAGCUAGAUCGACAUUUCCGACAAUCUGAUGAACUGGCAGACUUAACUAUUAACCACAAGCCAAAAAAAAAAAUCCAAAAAGUGAAAUUAUUUCUUUUUCCAAACGUCUGCCAAGUGAAAAUAAA